AUGGGGAACAUCUCGUCCAACAUCUCCGCCUUCCAGUCCCUGCACAUCGUCAUGCUGGGCCUGGACUCGGCGGGGAAGACCACGGUGCUCUACCGGCUGAAGUUCAACGAGUUCGUCAACACCGUGCCCACCAUCGGCUUCAACACCGAGAAGAUCCGGCUGAGCAACGGGACGGCCAAGGGCAUCAGCUGCCACUUCUGGGACGUGGGCGGGCAGGAGAAGCUGCGCCCGCUCUGGAAGUCCUACAGCCGCUGCACCGAUGGCAUCAUCUACGUGGUGGACUCGGUGGACGUGGACCGGUUGGAGGAAGCCAAAACGGAGCUGCACAAGGUGACCAAGUUCGCGGAGAACCAGGGCACCCCGCUGCUCGUCAUCGCCAACAAGCAGGACCUGCCCAAGUCGCUGCCGGUGGCCGAGAUCGAGAAGCAGCUCGCCCUCCACGAGCUGACCCCUUCCACCACGUACCACAUCCAGCCCGCCUGCGCCAUCAUCGGCGAGGGGCUCACGGAGGGCAUGGACAAGCUCUACGAGAUGAUCCUCAAGCGCAGGAAGUCCCUCAAGCAGAAGAAGAAGCGGUAGAAGCCCCGCCGAGGCGGGGAGGGAUGGAGGAGCAGACAAAGGAACCGAGGGGGAGACAGAACCAAAGCGAUUCUUCUGGGUUUAAUUGUUAUUUCCCUCCCCCCUUUAUUUUUUUUCCUCCUUCCCCAACGAACAGACAAUAGUGGUGGUAACAAAGCGGCUCCCGCCAGCCGAGCCCAGAUCCCGGAGCUCCGCUCUCCCACCCGCUCCUGAGGGUCUGAUCCGGACUCCUUUGGGCUGGAAACAUGCAAAACCGGGGUGAUGCCCCCCGCUCCACCCUCCAGGACCACCGAGCCUUUGUGUGCCGGGGGGGCCAACAGGGCAGGACCCUGUUGAAGCGCGUUCGAGAGGAGCCCAGUGCGCUUUUGGUCUCCAGUGUGUGCAUUUUGGGGCGGGGGGUGUCGAUGCCAGCCCCCCACAUGCAUUUCGGGGGCAGGGGAUGCUUUGGGGGGGGGUAUGGGUGCACUCUGGCUCGGCAAGGUCAGCGGGGAGGGGUCUCGCAGCUGCGCCCCGAUGCCCGCCCGUAUCCCUGCAUCCUCGGAUCCCUGCAUCCCC